AUGCAUAGUUACUAUACCAAAGACAAGCACAUAUGGGAAAUACAACUGAAACAAACAUCUUGGAUGGUGAGUAAGAUCAUGAAAGCAAAGAAGACAUUUAUAGAAGCAGGUUUCAGCUAUGAUGAAAUCAUGAAGAUGAAUAACUGUUCGAUUAAAAACAUAUAUCACAGACUGCGAGGAAGAUUUGACAAAGUCAGCUGGAAAAGAGUUGUAUGUCACAACACAGGAUGCCCCAAGUGGACUUUUAUACUAACUAUGGCAGCACAUGGCAAGUUAUACACAAGAGAUAGAUCACAGAGCUGGGGAGUACGAGUGGAUCAAGAAUGUGUUCUGUGCAAGCAAGCAAAUCAAACCAUACAGCACCUGUUCUUUGAAUGCUCUUAUGCAAACACAUUAUGGAGCACACUGUUAACAUGGCAAGGGAUUAAAAGACCAGUAAAUGGCUGGGAUGAGGAACUAAGAUGGGCUGAGUUGUGGACUAAGAGGAAAACAGCAGCAGCUAGCAGCAGCUGA